CAUCUCUAUUAGUUUUCUUAAAAUACAUGUCAUUACAUUAGAUAAUGUUGCAAAGGAAAAAUAUAGGGAGUGUAGUGAAUAACUAAUUAUUUUGAAAUUUGAACCCUCUCGCCCAAAUUUGGCCAUUUAUCGAUCAACGGCCAAAAACUCUCCUGCAAAUUAAACAAAGACCCGAGUAUAUAAUUCAGAGGCAAUUUCUAUAAACCCUAAUUUCCAAUUUGGGCUGCGAACUUGAUUUCCUGGGUACUGUUAUGCGAUUUCAAUCCGAGGAACCCGUUAACUCGUAGCGGCAAUUAGCAAUUCUGCUCUUAGAUUGUGCUUGGAGCUGACUUCUGCUACAACCCUCCAGUGCCUUCUAAUCAUUGAUCACUUGACAAGAUGACAUGCGUUAUUUUAAAGGCAGUCUUUCCUCUACUUGAUGGUGUAGACCUUGCUUCUUGUAUGUUAGUUUGCAAGCAGUGGAGAGACAUUGCGCAAGAUGAUUAUCUUUGGAAAUGUUUAUGUGCUAAUAGAUGGCCUUCUCUAUGUAAAAGACCUUCACCAUCAACAGUUACGUACUAUAAACUCUAUGGGACCUUUUACAAGCGCCGGCGCCACCAGGCUCUUCCUCCUUCAAGAUUGUCAUUCAAUGACUUGGACUUCUACAUUGACAUUUGGGCCGAAGGCCAGUCAAUAUUUUCAGAAGCCGUCUCAGGCCUAGUUUUGCAUGGAGGCAUAAAAACUCUGCCUACUGGAAUUUCUAGCAUCCUUAGGUGCCGUCUAGAAGGCCCCGAUUACAAGAUGAUGUUGCCUGUGGAACCCAGGUUUUCUGUGCCUUUGGGGCGGAAAGUGAGUGUCUCCGUGUUGGUUGGACGUAGGGAUUCCAGCAAAUUUGCUUGUAUAAUUAAUAAAGCAAUGUUUGAUGAUAUUAAUUGGACAUCUUUUCGGGCCCUUGCAUUUGAUUAUCUUGACUUUUCCCCUAUACACCCCUUCAUAUCUGGUAUUCGAGCAUGGAUUUCGUUGUUAUUUGCUGAUGCUGAGAAUGAUACGGUGGCAAAUGUUUUUGGCAUUGAAAUGGACUUUUGUGAUGCUGCAAAUAAUGAGACUGAAGUUCUUUGGUUACUCGACAUGCUAGAUUGGAAGUGAUUGAUGUCAGUUCCUACUUUACCUGUGUAAUGGUAUAAAAUAAAUACAUCAAUCUCUGUAGAGUGUUUGUUUCUAGCUGUUUCACUUUUAGCUUAAAUGUCUUCAUCCGUAGUUGUGCAGUUAUCAUCGAGCUUUCAGGCUAGCUGUCUUGUCUGUGCCUUUUUUCAUUGUAAAGUUUCUUGAACUCGAUACGAAGAUUCUUUUGGAUUGAAUAAAUAUUUCAUCUUAUUCUUUGUUCA